UAAAAGAAGUUGUGGGUCCAUUCGUCAGUAGUGUUUAAUGUAAAACGAACGUUGGUCGCCUUGACCAUGGCUUUGAAACUUUUAACUUUGAUAGCCCUGACCUGUGCGGCUGCGAAUGCAGCUAAAUCUUCAUACAAGCUAUGCGUGCCAGCAGCAUACAUGAAGGACUGCGAGCAGAUGCUUGAAGUACCCACGAAGUCUAAAGUGGCCUUGGAAUGUGUACCAGCUAGAGACAGGGUGGAAUGCCUCAGCUUUGUUCAGCAGCGACAAGCGGACUUCGUCCCCGUCGACCCUGAGGACAUGUAUGUGGCCUCCAAGAUCCCGAACCAGGACUUCGUCGUCUUCCAGGAGUACAGGACUGAUGAAGAGCCUGAUGCGCCAUUCCGUUACGAAGCCGUUAUCGUGGUCCACAAAGACCUGCCCAUCAACAACUUGGAUCAGCUGAAGGGACUGAGGUCUUGCCACACCGGAGUCAAUCGUAACGUGGGGUACAAGAUCCCACUAACGAUGUUGAUGAAACGUGCAGUGUUCCCGAAAAUGAACGACCACAGCAUUUCGCCGAAAGAGAACGAACUGAAAGCGCUAUCGACGUUCUUCGCAAAGUCGUGCAUCGUCGGCAAAUGGUCGCCUGACCCCAAAACCAACUCGGCUUGGAAAUCACAAUACAGCCAUUUGUGUUCAAUGUGCGAACACCCGGAGCGUUGUGACUAUCCCGACAAUUACAGCGGGUACGAGGGCGCGUUGAGAUGCCUCGCCCACAACAACGGGGAGGUCGCGUUCACCAAAGUCAUAUUCACACGUAAAUUCUUUGGGCUUCCAGUAGGUACAACUCCAGCGAGUCCAUCAAACGAAAAUCCCGAAGAGUUCAGAUACCUCUGCGUGGACGGAUCUAAAGCCCCCAUCACUGGCAAGGCUUGUUCAUGGGCUGCCAGACCUUGGCAAGGACUGAUCGGUCACAAUGAUGUACUUGCCAAACUCGCUCCACUCAGAGAGAAGGUUAAGCAACUAGCUGAUUCUGGUGCAGCUGACAAACCGGAAUGGUUCACCAAAGUCCUUGGUCUAUCAGAGAAGAUCCACCACGUCGCUGACAAUAUCCCAAUCAAACCCAUUGACUACCUGAACAAGGCUAACUACACGGAGGUCAUUGAGAGAGGGCAUGGAGCUCCCGAGCUGGUCGUCAGGCUAUGUGUGACGUCAAACGUGGCAUUAUCUAAGUGCCGAUCUAUGUCCGUGUUCGCAUUCAGUAGAGACAUCAGACCGAUCCUAGACUGUGUUCAAGAAAACAGCGAAGAUGCCUGUCUUAAGAGCGUCCAAGACAACGGUUCAGAUCUUGCAUCGGUAGACGAUAUGAGAGUAGCUGCAGCGGCUAAGAAGUAUAACUUACAUCCAGUAUUCCACGAAGUGUAUGGAGAGCUGAAGACACCCAACUACGCAGUAGCUGUUGUCAAGAAGGGCACUGCCUACAACAAGAUCGACGACUUGAGGGGAAAGAAAUCAUGCCACAGCUCUUACAGUACUUUCAGCGGUUUGCACGCGCCUGUCUUCUACCUUAUUAACAAGAGGGCCAUUCAAUCUGACCACUGCGUGAAGAACUUGGGAGAAUUCUUCUCAGGCGGAUCUUGCUUGCCUGGUGUCGACAAACCCGAAAACAACCCAAGCGGUGAUGAUGUGUCUAAAUUGAAGAAGCAAUGUGGAUCCGACAGCAGCGCUUGGAAGUGCUUGGAAGAGGACAGAGGAGAUGUCGCAUUUGUGUCGAGUGCCGAUCUGUCCCACUUCGACGCCAACCAAUACGAAUUGCUCUGCCUGAACCGCGACGCUGGCGGUAGAGAUGUUCUCUCCAGCUUCGCCACUUGCAACGUCGCCAUGGCCCCCUCCAGGACCUGGGUGGCAGCGAAGGACUUCCUGUCUGACGUAUCCAUCGCCCACACACCAUUGAGCCUCGCACAAUUGCUGGCUCCGAGACCUGACCUCUUCAACAUUUACGGAGAGUUCUUGAAGAACAACAAUGUUAUUUUCAAUAAUGCCGCCAAAGGCUUAGCAACAACCGAGAAACUAGACUUCGAGAAGUUUAAGACCAUCCACGACGUCAUCUCUUCAUGUGGUCUCGCCUAAUAGGCAUUCCUAUUUGUCUAAGUUGUAUGUAAAUAAAAAUCAAUCUUUGUUUAAUGAUUUAUUACACCACUUAUGACAAUAAAUAAAUAAUAUUCAACAA